GCAGUUUGUCCCAAAAAGGCCACCGCUGACCGAGGAAUGCGCUUCGUCAUCACAACUUUCCCCUGGGGGCAACCAGGAGGAGGAGGAGGUCGAGGAGACAGGAGGAGGACUCAGCUGGGACUUUCCUCACUGCCCUAGAGAGGAGAAGGAGGAGGGGGGUAGCUGGACUACAGGGCCAAGAGUCGGAGAUGUUCCACGGAGCCGCCGCCACAGAGAAGUUAUGCGGGGCCUCGGUGGUUUCUCCCUCCGCUCGGGAAUCCUGCUGUUAUUAAUCCCACCGGUGCUCAUCACUCUUCAGCUUCUUGUCGUCGGCUCGCGGAUACCUGGAGCCGCGCGCUUGUGGGUGGGGGUCGGGGUGGAGGAGCGGGACGGAGCGGUCGUGUUUUCCGUUAUAAGCAUAGAACCGGAGGGGGGCUUGAGCCAACCGGGAACCCAGUCCAGGCGACCUGGUGUGGAGGAAGAGGUGGACUAUGGGGAAAUGAAAGCGAUUGAACGACCUUAUGAGGAUGAGAACGAAAUGCACGAGCGCCAGGUGGGACCCAGAGCGGUUGAGAUGCAAGAGUGGGCGGCAAACAAGCCAUCCUUCACAGCAGAACUCAGGCGUAUCAUCAUGUACAUCACAAAGCUGCAGCUGAACUGCUCCAGGAUCUUAUCUCCAGGGCUGACUCGGGCAACACAGCCCCCUGUGGCUUCAGCUCACUGGCAGCUGUGUGCUGAGGACUGGCUCUUUCCAGCUGCACAUGGACCAUGUGUUGCAUAUUCCUUCAGUAUGGAUGGAGGAGAUGCAGACUUUUUGAAGACUGUGUCAAAGCUGGGAUGUGAAGUCCACAGUUUUGAUCCCAGCAACUCAAAUGCAUCUGGUGGUCACCUUAGCAACAGUUUGACCAGUAACCAUGACAACAGCGGCGGUGUCAUCCAGCACAAGAUGUGGCUAGAGUGGAGAACUCCAAGGAGAAUCAGGCACAAGACAAGAGGCAACCUGGGUAGUGUUUCUCAAACACUGGCAAAUAUUAUGGCAGCUUUGGGACAUCGCACUGUCCACUUCUUGUAUGCUGACCUCUUUAGCGCUGAGUGGCGAAUUUUCCAGAACUGGAUUGAGGAAGGAAUUCUUGAAAACAUCCAUCAUUUGGUUGCUACUGUGCACUUGCAGUGGGCAGGGUUUGAGGUGGGAGGAACAGAUGAAGAAGUGCUUCGCUUUUGGUUCAGUGUCCUUCGGGGUCUUCAAGCCUCUGGACUCAUGCUGGUUCACAGCUCUGCAGGAGAGGGUCACAGUGUCCUGAAACAAACAGUAGAAAAUGCUCACAGUUCCUACACACUCAGCUGGGCCAACACACGACGCUGACAGGCACUCCUGAACACGGACAUUAUGCUGUCCUGAUGUGGAUGGCAUAUAAUAAGAAUGAGAAGGUUAAGACUUGAAACAGAUUAAGUUCUUUACCUUACAGUUUUUCAUAUUACAUCUCUCUCUAGUGGACAUUAAAUGAUCUGCAUUUUAUAAUUCAACCUUCAGAAGUAAAUACUGUCCUGUUCAUUCAUACAGUGAUACAGGAUGGUUUCAAGGUACAGAAGGAAAUCUUGCUUAUUUAACUGGGUAGAAGCACAAUAUAUAAUAAUGAAAUAGACAGAUUAUUCUUUUAAACAAUAGAUGCACUCUUCAUAAAUAUCAUCUAAUGCUGGAUUACAUUUUUUAUUAUUCAUUUUACUGAACAAAGGUGUGUUAUCUUUUUAAUGACAUGAAUCUUGAGUCAGCUGUAAUUUGAAUGUAGACUCAAAAAAGUAUUGAAUGUAUUUGUUUGUUUCCAUAAGACUGAAUGACUUUUUGGGGCAAUAAAUCUUCAUAUUGAAGAGCCUAAAAUUCUAUUAGGUCUGACUUGACUGUACUUACUGUAAAAUAAAUAACAUUUUUAUGCUUUACAAUCAGGCAUCUGGAACAUCUGUUGCAUUACCGGGGACGAAAAUGUUGAAAACAUGUUUAAAAUGUACCACAAUGCCACAAAAAAUACCAGAUGUGAAAUUAAAGUCCAGUGAGAAUCCCGAUCAUCCUGAUUGUUGCAUCAUAAUACCUUUGGUCAAAUCUUUCUUUGUUUGGUAACAGUAAUUACAGUCACAUCCAAAAGUAUGUUGACACUGUUUACAUUUUUAAAAGGUUAGCCAUGUACACCACCGAAGUGCAUUAAUAUGUGACUGAAUUUUCUACUUUAAUUCAAGGUGCUAAAUAAAAAAGAUUAU